AUGGAGGGGCUUGAAAGAACCUGCCUUGUGAAUGACAGCGACGCCAAGAAGUACUCCUUAACAAUGAACAGCACAAAUCUACUACAAAAUAAUGCAAACAAACAGAAGUGUGGUGAGGAACCAGUAGUUUCUGGGUCUAGUUCAUUGCACCACUGCCACGACCGCUCGACAGCCUAUGAGACCAGGAAGAGGGAGCAACAGCAGGCCAGCCGCAAGCUCUACAUGGCAUCCGUGAUGUGCCUCAUCUUCAUGAUGGCAGAGGUCAUAGGUGGCCGGAUUGCAGGAAGCCUUGCCGUGAUGACGGACGCAGCACACAUGUUGGUUGACUUGCUGAGUUUCUUGAUCAGCCUCUUCUCUCUUUGGCUAUCAUUAAAACGUCCCAGCAAAAGAUUAACAUUUGGAUGGCACAGAGCAGAAAUUCUCGGCGCUUUCCUGUCCAUGAGCAUCAUUUGGGCAGUGACUGGUAUGUUAACGUAUUUUGCCAUCAAGAGGCUGCUGCAUCCACAUUAUGAAAUUCAAGGGACGGUAAUGCUCAUCACAUCCAGUUGUGCAGUAAUCGCCAAUAUGAUAUUAAGUCUGAUGCUGUACCAGACGGGACAUGGACACGCUCGAGAAGGUCCUCAUGCCACUUACCAUAUAUACAAGCCCGUUGCAGCGAAUGCCAGCGUAAGGGCAGCUUUUAUCCACGCUGUUGGAGAUCUGUUUCAGAGCAUUAGUGUGCUAAUUAGUGCACUCAUCAUAUUCUUCAAGCCAGAAUACAAAAUGGCUGACUCAAUCUGUACAUUUGUGUUCUCUCUAUUUGUUCUGGGAACCACCCUUACCAUUUUACGGGACGUUUUGGUGGUGUUAAUGGAAGGAACACCAAAGGGAUUGAGCUACGAUGAUGUGAAAGAAAAAAUUCUAGCAAUGGACAAAGUGAAGUCGGUCCACAAUCUUCAUCUUUGGUCUCUAACAAUGAACCAGACUGUUUUAAUGGCUCACAUUGUCACAGUGGACUCUGCAGACAAGCAGCAGAUUCUGAAAGAAAUGACUGAAGUUCUGUUUGAUGCUUAUAAUUUUCACACGGUCACUCUUCAAAUUGAACCUGAAGCAGCCCAAAAACCAGAAUGUGUUUUCUGCCAGGAUCCAAGGGAUUAA